CAAUUCUCGGCACUGACUGAUGUAGUCUUCCGCUUUUUAACAGAGCCCAAGGAGGUAGAAAGGUUUCUGACUCAGCUCUCUGAAUUUGCCACCAUGAAUGAAAUCAGCCUGGGUCCUCUGAAAAAUAUUAUCAAAAGUAUCCUCCUGAUACCUAACGGGGCCCUGAAGAGGAAUCUGUCAUCUGAACAAGUCAGAGCAGAUUUCAUUGCUCUGGGACUCAGUGAAGAGAAAGCCAGUUAUUUUGCAGAGCAGUGGAAGCUGAAUUCCCCUACCCUGACACGCCUGGCUGUUGGACAGACGCUGAUGAUUAACCAGCUUAUAGAUAUGGAGUGGAAAUUUGGAGUGACCGCAGGGAGCAGUGAACUGGAAAAAGUUGGAAGUAUCUUCUUACAGUUGAAAUUGGUGGUUAAAAAAGGAAGCCAAAUGGAUCACGUGUAUGUAGAGUUAACAUUGCCGCAGUUCUACAGUUUUCUGCAUGAGAUGGAACGAGUCAAAACCAGUCUGGAAUGUUUCAGCUGAAACCCUUAGGGACUGCAUUUAUACCAUAGAGGGGUAAUUUCUCCUUGUGGGCCAACAGGUCUGAUCUUAACUCUGCAGAUUUGUAACAUAUUAGAUGAAGAUUGCACUGUUUAAUAAACAACACUGUCAAAUAGUUCUGGACCCAGAAUGGAAAUGGUCUUUAAAACUGUUAUAUUUCUGUCCUUCAGAGUCUGAAACUUUUACAAAUAUUUAGUAUCUACAAACAUAAGUACUCAUAUUGCUUUUCUGUAGUAACCAUUAGAAGAAAAUAUUGUCAGAGCUAUGUAGACAUUUAUAGUGGUAUGCAAGCUAGGAAUCCAUGUUAGUGUCCUGCUUCCUUUUGUAUUGGACUUGCAUGAGAGGGAUAAAGCAAACUUGUGAGUGAAGAGCAUGAAAAGAAAAGAGAGAAUCCUAACUAGAUGAAUUAGUUAGCAGUGGUCCACAUCAAAGCUCUCAUUUUCGUGUUAAGAACUGGACUGAUAAUGUACUGCCCCAUAAUGGAAAUUAUUAUUAAAUAGUAAACAUGGGAGAACACUGGGCUUUUAUUUAAAAAAAAAUCACCCUGAUAAUCCCCCUGUUUUCUGAACAAACAUACGCUUCUAGUGAGGAGCUCCUAAAGACAGGCCUGUGUGAAGGAAGUAGGAGACUUAUUAGUACAUUUGUCUCUCUUGUUAGUCUCUUGGGAAGAUUAACUCACUUGGAAUGUUUGAGACACCUCUAAGCCAAGCAGAGGGCUUGUACUGCCUACCACUGCAUUCACUUAGGUCUGUUUUGUGGCUGACUAGAUUUCAUUCUCCGGGGUUGUCACCUUAGCACCUUUUAUCAGCCUAAAUUCACUUUAAGCACACCUCUUGGGACAGGCCUUCUGAAAGGUGAUCCCGCUUGCAAAGUAUUCUCUUUCCAACACUAAGUGUUCCUGAGGAAGUGAGAUCUUCACAUGCAACUCCAGUCACAGCAUGUAUGAUGGAAAGAACCAAUACACUGUGAUGUGUAGGAAUAAGAGCUUGAACUAGCACGCAGCCAACACCUAAAAUAACUCAGAGUCCUGCAAUAAGCAGAGAGUCCUUCCUGCCUAGUUUCAAUGAAUGAUCAAACAUGAGACCUUCCUUUCUUAAAUCACUUCUCUUCCAGUUACAACAUUCCCUUCCCAUAAAACCAUGCACAGUGAGAUUAUAAAUAAAUACCAGAACUUUGACAGAUUGCCCUCUGAGUGCAGUAUUACAUGCUCAUUUUAAUCCGUUAUAGGAAAAUACAAACAAUUCCAUAUGAUCUUUUAUAAGUGGGACCAAGUGACAAAUGAGAACGGUGUCUUGUGUUUGGAGAGUCUAAUGGGGGGGAAUCCUACUUGAAAUGUCCCGGGUUGACUCAUGGCCAAUAUUUGCAUUUUUCUUUCCCUCUGUCAUACUCCAUUCAUAAGGGAGUCCUGCUUUGUCACAUGACAAUUGUAAACUGGAAAUAAAACCCUUAGAAAUAAAAUCCCUCCAGUAAAA